CUGCUAUUCACUGCAGCACAAGGGCUGAUACACAUAUUUGCCCAUCUCUCCUUGCUCUUUGCCUUGGCCUGACUUUCCUUUUUCCCCGGCACUGUCCUCCACUACGGAUCCAGAGCCAUGCAAGCCAUCAAGUGUGUCGUGGUGGGAGACGGAGCUGUGGGAAAAACCUGUCUCCUUAUCAGCUAUACCACCAAUGCCUUCCCAGGAGAAUACAUUCCCACUGUGUUUGAUAACUAUUCUGCCAACGUGAUGGUUGACAGCAAGCCUGUAAAUCUGGGACUGUGGGAUACUGCUGGACAAGAAGACUAUGACAGGCUGAGGCCACUCUCUUACCCGCAGACGGAUGUCUUCCUGAUCUGUUUCUCCCUUGUCAGCCCGGCAUCUUAUGAAAACGUCCGUGCUAAGUGGUUCCCCGAGGUGCGGCACCACUGCCCUAGCACUCCCAUCAUCCUUGUGGGCACAAAGCUGGAUCUUCGUGAUGACAAGGACACCAUUGAGAAGCUGAAGGAGAAGAAGCUAUCCCCCAUUACAUAUCCUCAGGGCCUUGCUCUGGCCAAGGAAAUUGACUCUGUGAAAUACCUCGAGUGCUCAGCUUUGACGCAGCGCGGCCUCAAGACAGUGUUUGAUGAGGCCAUCCGAGCAGUCCUCUGCCCACAGCCCACCCGCACAAAGAAACGUGUAUGCAGCCUCCUCUAAGCAAGUUUGCUCCCAUAUCCUGGUGCAGGGCUGCCUAGGAUUUUCCACAUUUGUCCUCACAGACAAGAACUGUCUGUCCUUCUGCUGCAGAGGGGAACUACAUCCAGGCUGCCCUGGGGAUGACCUGCUCUGAGAGCUAUGAAGCCGUAGCCUUUGCCUAGAGGAAUGGAAAUAAAAAAAAUUAUCUGUUCCCUAUUCAUGGCAGCUGUCCAAUGGCCCUUCCUCUUACCAAGCCCUGCUCACCUCAAGGGGGUUUUUGUGUUACUGUUCAUUGGCAGGCAGCAGCUUUUCCUCCAGAACUCCUUUACUCCUCAUAUUGUCCCUAACUGCCCUUCCACUUCAGCUCAAGUCAGCAGAGAGAGGAGAGAGGCUUCAAGAUGAGAGGCAAAGCUGACCAAAGCUUGAUGGGAGAGAAGAGUGGGAGCUUCCUAGUUGGGACCCUGCCCCUUCAUACUCCCACCAUCACCAGGGCAGAGGGAAGGAGAGCAGGAAAAUAGUU